AUGCAGUCGGCACGGACCACGACACCGAAGAGACACGGCGGCGGCGGUGGCGGCGGCGGCGGGCCCGGUAGCGUCUCGCAGGGCAUACCUGGUACCGUCUCGCAGAGCGUGCCCGGUACCAUCUCACAGGGCGUACCUGGUACCAGCGUGCCCGGUACCAUCCCGCAGGGCGUACCUGGUACCGUCUCGCAGAGCGUGCCCGGUACUAUCUCACAGGGCAUACCUGGUACCGUCUCGCAGUGUGCCCAGUACCAUUUCGGUACUGUCUCGCAGAGCGUGCCCGGUACCAUCUCGCAGGGCGUACCUGGUACCGUCUCGCAGAGCGUGCCCGGUACCAUCUCGCAGGGCGUACCUGGUACCGUCUCGCAGAGCGUGCCCGGUACCAUCUCGCAGGGCGUACCUGGUACCGUCUCGCAAAGCGUGCCCAGUACCAUAUCACAGGGCGUAUCUGGUACCGUCUCGCGGGGCGUGCUCGGUACCUUCUCGCAGGGCGUGGCCAGUAUCGUCUCCCCGGGCGUGCUCCGUACCGCCUCGCGGAGCGUGCCAGGCGCCACCGGCCGGUGA